AUGUACACCAAGGCACCCUCGACUUUGUUGUUGGCGCUGCUCGCGCUUUUGUUGGUUGGUGUCAAUGCUUUACCAAGGGUCUUACACGCAAAUGUCACACCUACACCAACUACAACACUACCAUCAGCUUCAUUCAGCAUGCAAGCAAGCAGUCAAGUGCCGAGCUCAAUGGCUGUUCAGACCCCUGAGACACAAUCAACACUACCUGGCAUCCCCGAUGCCCCCAUGGCCGAAUUUGAGGAUGGCAGCGAAACAGAGGCGAAUUUGACGGCGUCUUCAACGACACCUAGUCCUUCUGCUAGUGCGACGUCGUUAGCCUCGAGCCUGUCUUUGUUGGCGAGUAUGACUAGCUGGUUGUCGUCGCUUACGUCGUCGCUUGCGGGAUUAUAUGGAUUGGCGUAG